AUGAAGUGUACUAUAUUUCAGCCACUACCAUUAUUACGUAUUGGAACAAAUCGUUCAGUUACAAUGUCACAACAACAAGCUGCUUCAUUAUUAGCUUGUGCAUUUUUCUGUUUAUUUCCAAAUCGUUCUGAUUACAAACAGAAGAACAAACGUCGUAGUUUUCCAAAUCCAAAUUUCAAUGCAUUAUAUCAAAGUGGACAUCCAAAAAAAAUUCAAAAACUUAAAUGUAUUUUACAUUAUUUUCGACGUAUUACAGAAAAAAUGCCCAAUGGUAUUAUUACUAUUCAACGUUUUGCAUUACCUACACAUCUUUUUCCACAAUGGUCUGAUUUACAAACAGGUCUCUGUGAUUUACAUUUGACAACUGGUAAAAAAAUUGAAGAUGUCAAUGGUGCAUUACAAGUGGAUUUUGCUUGUAAAUAUAUCGGAGGUGGUGUUUUAGGUAACGGUUGUGUGCAAGAAGAAAUUCGUUUUACGAUUUGUCCUGAAAUGCUUGUUAGUUUACUUGUUUGUGAAAGAAUGGAACCAAAUGAAUGUAUUUUUCUUAUUGGAUGUGAACGAUAUUCAUCAUACAGAGGUUAUGCUAAUUCAUUUCAAUUUGAUGGAGACUAUAUCGAUAAUACACCUAAAGAUAAUUGGGGUCGAAAAUGGAGUCAUCUAGUAGCUAUGGAUGCUAUUUGCUUUCGUGAUCCAUCAACACAAUAUGAUAUGGAAUGUGUAGAUCGUGAACUACUUAAAGCCUAUACAAGCUUUCGUCCACUAGAAGAAGGAUCAGAUUAUGAGUUUGCUAUUGCUACUGGAAAUUGGGGUUGUGGUGCAUUUCAUGGUGAUAAAUAUGUGAAAGCAAUUAUUCAAUUAAUGGCUGCUUCUGAAGCUCGACGUCCACUUAUCUAUGCAGCUUAUCAUGAUAAAACUUUAAUCGAUUCACUUGAUGUAGUAUAUGAUUACUUGAAAGAUCAAAAAGCAACAAUAGGAGAUUUAUAUCAAUAUCUAAAGCGAUACUUUACUCAAAUGGAUCGAGGAUCUUUAUUUGAAUAUAUUUUGAACACACCUGUUUCAUUUCUUAAAUCUUAA